UGAGCUCGUGGAGUAUCUUAUUCAACAACGGCUGCGUUUGGGGGACGAAAUUUAGCUCAAUGUUCGGGGUUUUGUCAUAGUGAUUAGAAACUGUACCCGACAUAGAAGCUUGGCGGUGUUUUCGUCGCUUUUGUAGUCGGCGUAAAGAAGAAACUUCCAGGUUAAAUCUGGGAGGAUGCGAGCAGCCGAUGGAGCGCUGGCUGUAUGGAUGUAGCCGGGGCACGAUGCUAGCAAGCUAACUGACCGCAGAGGGCAUGGUGUGGCUCUUAUCGUUUGCUUCAAUCGAAAACCAGUAACAAGAAGUCGAUCAGCUGACAUGGAAGUCACUGGAGAAAUCAGCGACACGGACAGCGGCAUUAUUCUUCAUUCAGGCUCCGACAGUCCAACUACGCAUGCAAAAGAUGUGACCACACACACGCGAGCCAUGAAGCUGAAACACCAGGAGCUCCAAGACCGACUGGAGAUUUGCAUACUGGAGCUGAAGAAGCUCUGCAUCCGAGAGGCGGAGCUGACAGGUCAGCUGCCAAAGGAUUACCCUCUGCUACCAGGAGAGAAGCCUCCACAGAUUCGCAGGCGCAUCGGCGCUGCGUUUAAACUGGACGAGCAAAACAUUCCUCAGGGAUCAGAGAAUUCAGAACUGACUCUGGUGGAUGUCGAUUUGGCGCUUCAGACGAAGAUAUACGAAGCUGCCCGCAAGCUCUGUGAGGAAGAUCACCUGAGCAAGUCCGUCAGGAAGAGUCGGAUACUGCACAGCAAAACUGAAGAAAAGAAACUUAAGAAGCUUCAAGAAAAGGCCUUUCAGCUGCGGCUGGAGCGUGGCCGAUCAUCGCCACUCCCUGGUCUUAAUGUUACACAACAAGAUCUUGGCACAUCUGAUGACAGCUCUUUAUCUGACUCUGCGGUGCAAGAUGAAGAAGUUACAAGCCGGUCCUCGCAACCAUCCACUGGUCUUCAUUAUCCAGUGGAAAUGGACUCGCCCCGGCCGCUCACCAUGUCCUCACAUUCCUGCGUCGACAGCUCCUACAUGUCUUCAUCAGCGGCUCCUCGGUCGCCGCUCUCUAACCCCUGUCAGUCUCCCUGCCCCAGCAUCGACUCCAAGUUGAGUUUCAGCUCCAGCCCUGCGUACGACCCUCCUCCCAUCCAGCACUCCCCGUGGUCGGAGUCCAGCCUUGACCAGCCGUACCAGAAGACCAAGAAGUCGCGUUCCUCCAGCACUAAGAGCAGUCCAGCCAAAUCUGAAUUGUUGCCACCGUUGGAGGCUUGCUUACCUCAACAACUGUCCCAUAUGAGACUGGGCCGCACCCAGUCCAGCAGCACCCCCUCCACUCCAGAGAUGCGUGUGCACAGACAGCUCUCCCUCAGGGUGUCCAAUCCUGAAUCGUCAUUUCAUAAAGAGCGUGGCCGUACCAGAUGUCCCAGGCGACGUCUGACAGAAUACCAGAUAAUCGUAGGAGAAGCUCAUUCUCCUACCAUGAGCUACAGCAGCUGUGCUAGCUCCGAAGACAGCAACUCUGAACGCUCCUUCUCUAUUCACAGCAACUCCCCGUGUCAGGAGUUCCCCUCUUAUCCACGCAGACAGUAUCAGGCUGCAGCUCCGCUCUGCAGCCCAGAAGGCAGCUAUGGACCUCAAGGUCUCGCUCCCACCGCCUUUCACCGUAACCCCGGGUCUCGAAUGAGUCCUGUGGUUCAGAGACCAUAUUACGAUGAAGGAAUGGUCUACCCCGCUAACAUGGACCUGACUCCGCUCCGUGUCCCGCAACAAAUGGCUUCCUCCCCCAACACAUAUGAAUAUUAUUACAGAAAAGCUGCUAUUCCCCACCAGAGAGCACAAAGGCCUGUGCCUCCUGAUAUCAGACUCACCCCCCCUGCACAGACGGACAACAUGCACUACAGCUUCCAGGGUCCUCCGCGUCAGGAUGUGAGUGAGCAGCUGAAGUCCUGGCACCGCCGCAGUCAGUUCAAAACGCCAAGGACUCGCUCUCUGGACAGACAAGGAGCAGUGAGGCUGAAAAACAUGUCAACUCGAGAGUCAACCAGCUACCAGAAUCAGAAACACCACGACCAAGUUAUCCAAAGAGGAGCCAUGCAGAAAGCUGCAGAAGAAGCUCCAGAGCACUGGAUGAUGGACAAUGGCUCUCACUACAUGAGUCAAGUGUGAAGAUCAGAGAUUAAUUCACCGACUGCAGUUUUACAUGUUGAACCACAAUGCAAUGGUCUGAAUAUCAAUUGUAUUGUCAGAAGGUAUUUUUACCAUUCUGUUUACUCACUAUUUCAUUUGCACACAUAAAAUGAGGGUAGAGAUUGGAACAUCUUGCCAACAGAAAUCAGCAGAAGGUCAACAUUUCCUCAGCAGAGUUGUAUUUGCUGCAGAUGUUUAGAUUUGAUUUAACAUUUAGAAAAAAAUUUGCCAUGUUACGAGAAUGGAGUCUUGCUGCUGCUGCUCUUGUUCAGUGCGAAAUGCUUGUCAUAAAACUUAAAUCUUUAAUAUGUGGAAGAGUUAUACAAUGUUAAGUAGGUGCAUAAAGACAAAAAACUAACAAUAAUUGUUUGCUGUUGGUCAGCAAAGCUGUUUAUUUAAAAAGUAACUUUAUGUCCUUAAAGCUGAAACAUGAAUUAUGAAAUUUAGGUACCGAGCUUUAGGUACUAAACUUUUUUUAGCUGGUAAUAUUGCAGGUUUUUGUGAGGAUGUACAAAGAAUAGUUGUCUUUUUUUCUAGUAGAUGUGAAAAUGAUCCACUAUGUAAAUAAAGAUUACAAGCAUAUUUUUAUGUAUUCAUUCAUUCAUUUUAGGCUGCACUGGCUAACUUGAAAAAUUAACCCACUGAGUUAAGAUAGUCAAAACAAGGUACUAACUUAAACAUGUCACGACUAAAGCAGCAAAAUAACAGAAGCAAAGUCGAAACUGAAUCUCUUGGCAGCUAUUAAGAGGUCAAACUGAAAUUCAUAUCCUUAAAGCUUUAACUCUACCUUGGGUUGUUUUGUUUUUUUCUUGUUUUCAUUUUAAUUUGACCUUUUUAAGCACCACCAGUGGUUGAUUAACAAUGUAAUUUGCACCCUAAAAACCACACAAAGCCAAACUUGAACUCAAAGCAGACAUGGACCAGAGUUUGCAGAACAAAUCUAUUUUAUUGUUGUCUUUUAUAUAUAUAUAUAAAAUAGAACACAAUCAUGUUACCUUGUGUGCCUAUUGUUUUUUUACUGCCUUUUUUUAUUAUUAUUUAUCUGUGUAUUUGGUAAAUGUGUUGCUGUUUAACAAAACCUGUGAUUUUGGUUUCACUGUGGAAGUAAAAGAAUAUAUUGUUUGAACACAA